AUGCUCCUCUGCAACUACAUCCCCGCCCAAACCUACCACCCCCUCAACGCCGGCGCCCUUCUCACAACCGUCGGCCUCGCCCUCGUCAUCUACGCCAUUCACACCCAAAACGCGCCCCUCCUGAACGGCAUGAUGGUGCUCACCGGCGCAGGGACCGGUCUCCGCUUCAUGCCCGCCAACCUCCACGCCGUGGGCAUCUGGCCGGAACGCAUCGCCCCUGUCCUGUCGCUGAUGCGGUUUGCGAUGCCAUUCGGCGGGACGAUCAGUUUGACUAUUAUGGGGAGUGUGUUUAAUAAUAAAUUCGAUGCGGCGGUUGGUAGCGCUGGGAGUGGGAAUGGGACCGGGAACUUGAAUAUGCAAGAUACGUCGUCUUCGUUGUCGUUUAUUGAUGCGUUGGCAACUGACGAGCAGAGGGUCGUGAGAGGUAUGGGCAGGGAUGCUAUCAUGUGGGCUUAUAUUGCAAUUAUGCCGAUUAUGGGGAUUAGUUUGGUAGCUGGGUUGGUGAUGGGGAAUGUUUGGAUUAAACCGGUUGAUAAGGGUGAGGAUGAUAUGUCCAUGGAUAGGAGGGUUGAGGAGGAGCAGGUGGGUGUGGAGGUGGCUCAGGAGGAGCAGGAGACGGGACAUAGUGAGGUGGUUUAUGUGUCGUUUUUGUGGGCUUUGGUGAAGGUGAGUUUCUUGCUGUUUUGCUGA